GAGAGAGAGAGAGAGAGAGAGAGAGAGAGAGAGAUUACGAUUAAUGAUCACCCAUCCUCCUCAAAAGACGUUAACCUCCAGCAGCAUCAAUUUGCAUCUAAUGACGCAACGGUGAGAACACUCAGGAGAAAAUGACACGCGGGUCGAUCCUCCGUGUGUCAAAUGACGCCGUCGGCCCCUUGUGGCGUUGUGGCGAGUCACAGGUGAAAUCCGCUUUCUCGCUCUUUCUUCAUUUCGUCUGAUUACAGGUUACAGGGGUUUCACUGGAGACAAUAUCAUUGCUUACAGACAAGGUCGCUCUGCUAUGUUUCGGUAUAUAACCCGUGGAUGGUCUCUCUAGCCCCUACAUUCCGACUGGCGGUGGUCAACACACGACGCAGAUCACGAUGCGGACGUCACUGCUGCUCGUGUUCUUUCUGGGCCUUCUGGUCGUCGCUUCUGAGGCCUCUCCAGGGAAGAAAUUCCGUAGGAAAGGUGGCAAGAAAGGUGGAGGCGGUGGAGGGCUGAGAAGCUCUUAUGGAGGAGGAGGAGGAGGAUACGGAGGAUACGGAGGCGGAGGCUAUGGAGGUGGUUCUGGAGGUGGAAAAGGAGGAGGUGGAAAAGGUGGAAAGGGAAAAGGAAAAGGAGGAGGAGGAGGAGGAUUUGGAGGUCUCUUUGGUAAAAAAGGUAAGGGUGGCAAAAAAGGUGGCUUCGGAGGAGGAGGCGGAGGAGGCAAAGGUGGCAAAAAAGGAGGCUUCAGAGGAGGAGGAGGUGGAGGAUAUGGAGGCGGCUCUUUUGGUGGCGGACACAAAGGUGGAUUUGGAGGUGGAGGCUUCGGCGGCGGAGGUGGAUAUGGAGGCUCCUUUGGCGGCGGAGGUGGUGGAUACGGAAGCUCCUUUGGUGGUGGCGGAGGAGGAGGAUAUGGAGGAGGUCACGGAGGCUCAUUUGGCGGCGGAGGCGGAGGAUAUGGAGGCUCAUUUGGCGGCGGAGGCGGAGGAUAUGGAGGCUCCUUAGGCGGUGGAGGUCUUGGCGGAUUUUCUAAAGGUGGCGGAGGAUAUGGAGGCUCAUUUGGCGGCGGAGGCGGAGGAUAUGGAGGCUCCAUUGGCGGCGGAGGUCAUGGCGGAUUUUCUAAAGGUGGCGGAGGACAUGGAGGCUCAUUUGGAGGCGGAGGCGGAGGAUAUGGAAGCUCCAUUGGCGGUGGAGGCCAUGGCGGAUUUUCUAAAGGUGGCGGAGGACAUGGAGGCUCUUUGGCGGUGGAGGCGGAGGAUAUGGUGGCUCCUCUGGAGGUCACGGAGGCUCGUUCGGAGGUGGAGGUGGCGGUGGAGGAUAUGGAGGCUCUUCAGGCUUUGGAGGCCAUGGAGGCUCCUUUGGUGGUGGAGGUCAUGGAGGUGGAAGUGGAGGAUAUGGAGGCAUUUCAGGAGGAGGAGGCCAUGGUGGAUUUUCAAAAGGUGGCGGAGGACAUGGAGGCUCAUUUGGUGGCGGAGGCGGAGGAUAUGGAGGCUCCUUAGGCGGUGGAGGCCAUGGCGGAUUUUCUAAAGGUGGCGGAGGACAUGGAGGCUCCUUUGGCGGUGGAGGUGGAGGAUAUGGUGGCUCCUCUGGAGGUCACGGAGGCUUCGUAGGAGGCGGAGGUCACGGAGGCUCUUUCGGAGGUGGAGGUGGAAGUGGAGGAUAUGGAGGUUCUUCAGGCUUUGGAGGCCAUGGAGGCUCGUUUGGCGGAGGAGGUCAUGGAGGUGGAGGCCAUGGUGGAUUUUCUGGUGGUGGAAUCGGUGGAGGAACUUCGAGCUACGUAAGAUAAUAUGUCCAAGAGAUGGCGCUGUGGUCUUCCUACUGCAUCCAGUAGUUAUAUUUGUUUUGACAGUAUUUAUAUAAGCAACGAGUGUAAUUCAUGACUGUAGGCAUGAAUAAAAUUGUAUAUUUAUUUA